CUUAUGAGAUAUAACGGACAUGAGAGUAUUCUAACGUGUUUAUAUAAAUUAUUUAAUAUAUAAUUGAAAAUUGAAAAACUCAUAAAGCAACAUGUUUUUUAUACUGAAGUUGGUGUUAAUAAUCUUACUAAAUGAAACAUACGCGUAUAUCACGCAAAAUACCGAAACAACAUUGCUGCCAGCAUGGUAUCCGACAGACGCAAAAAAGAUACCAUUAUCUCUAAAAGUUUUCGGACAAUUGAUUCAACUAAACUUGCAUAGAAACGAUCGGAUUGUAUCGCCUGAGUAUGAAGUAUUAAAAUAUCAUAUAAAAGACAAAUUGUCGCAGUUGAAAGCAUCGGAUCCUUGUUUAUAUAUUCACAAGGAUCAUGUCAGUUCAGCGAUCAUCAACUUUUGCAACGAACAUGGAUUGGAAGGACUCGUUUUUCUGAAAAACGACAACUUUGAGAUUAGACCUUUGCGGAACGACCUUGCGUCUUUGUCAUUACUUGACGACAUUUGCGUUCAAGAACAAAUUAAUUUUUCAUUCGGAAAACCUCACCUUAUCAAAAGACUGCAAUAUUUUGCUAAUUCAAAUCUUUAUCAUUUCGACAAUUUCAAGCCGAAGCGACGUUACGUGCGAAAUACACAACCAAAAUUAAUCUUAGAACUGGCCGUUUUUCUCGACGAAUCAGCAACUGAUAAAAACAACAAUUUUUUAUAUUAUAAUGAUGAAAAGUUACGCGAUCUGAUAUUUGCAUACGUGAAUCAAAUCCAAAUGUUGUUCCGUCAUCCGAGUUUUGGUGAUCCCAUCGAUAUUUGGUUGGUACAUUUAGAAAUUAUGAAAGAACAACCGAAAGAUUUGCCAGUUUAUGACUUCAACGAAAGAGAAGUAUUCAGCGGUGCGGAAAUACUUAACUCGUUCUGCAGAUAUUCGACUAAUAGUCUUUUUAAAAAACAUCAUUGGGAUCUUGCUCUUUACUUAACCGGAUUAAAUUUUCAUAAGCACAGACAUGGUAAUGAGAUGGUUUCGGGACUUACCUUUCCAGGGGUGAACUUGUGCAACCACUGGCAUUUUUGCGCGGUAGCAAAAUUCGGUGCUAUGCCUAGAACCACAAAUUCUGGCUUCGCAUUAUCAGCCCGCAUUGCUGCUCAUGAAAUUGGUCACAUUUUUGGAAUGGAACACGAUGAAGAUCCUAAUGGUGGGAAAUGUGAUAAGGACAAAUACGUGAUGGGCUUUAACCCGAUAAGACGAGGUCAAAUAACAUGGUCCAAUUGUAGUCGUAACAUAAUUGAAAAGAAAGAUGUCGACAAAUGGUGUCUUGAACAACAGAAUAGAUCAAAAUAUCUCGAUGACGCAUAUGCAUUCUACCAUUUGCAUUAUCACGAUUUACCCGGAAGAGAAUGGACAGCCAAAGCGCAAUGCGAAUUAUAUUUUCGUGACCAUGAUGCGAACGUCGUAACGUUGCAUGAUAUAUGUGAUACCUUAGAAUGCGAGACGCCAGAUCCUCAUUUAACGUCCCACGAUAAAACAUCGCACAUUCGCAUCGGACCGGCGUUGGAAGGAACUUAUUGCGCACUCGGGAAAGAAUGUCGCGGUGGAAAAUGCGUGCCCGUUCAAGAACCGCCAUAUAUUUUUAAUUAUUAUAGAAAGGAUAAAUGGAGUAAAUGGAAAGUAGGCCCCUGUGAAAGCAGUUGCAUCGAGAAAUCUAAAGGCGUACGAAUCAGACGACGAUUUUGCGAACACCGGAAUAUAAGAACGGCGAAUUGCAAAGGACCGUAUUACGAUGUUGUUAUGUGCAAUGAAUUCAGCUGUAAUGACUUCAAACGCAAAACAAUCUCUCAGUUUGCUCAGUUAAUAUGCAACGCAUUCAGGUCCGCACUGCAAAAGCACAAUCAUCCAAUCCAACUGGAAAAUAACAUAGGAUCCUUAUGGAGGCAGCGGUUUCAUAAUGUCGAGAAACCGUGGAUAGCCUGCACUAUAUUCUGCCUACUAAAGAAUACAAGUAUUUAUUACCCAAUACGUGAAAUAAUGUUCGAAUUCGAUCAGUAUCCAUAUAUUUCGUUCCCAUACUUUCCCGAUGGAACGUGAUGUCACAAAGAUAAAGAUGGUCAGGAUUAUUACUGCCGCCAGCAUUAUUGUCUGCCGGAAAACUACUCAUUUGAAGAACAAUAUCCGAGAGAUUAUCGACCUGUGUGAAGAAGGAUCCAAAGAAAUUACGAAACGCACGUUACUUAAUUUUACAAUCGUUAUUUGCUUACCUAGAGUCGAACGAAUUGUCCUUGUUAACUUCUGUUUUGUGUAUUGUCCAUUCUUUACUCACAAUGAGAAACGCAAGACGAUCGACGAGUUCAUUCCAUGAAAUGCGACUUUUUCAGUCUUAAUGCGCCGUAAUUGGACGCUUCAGCGAUGGAAGUGCAAAUAGUUCACGAUACUGACAUGCCAUGAAUGACGUUCACCAUAUUCUGUCGACGAAAAGACGUCGUUACUUAUUACGCCCCACGAAAUAGAUCGAUUUAAUUCAUCCCGUAUUUUUCGGAUGGAACAUUGAAGAAAAGAUUAUUACUACCCUAAGCAUUAUUGUUUCUCGAUUUACCGAUUUAGAAAAAAAUUUUCAACAAAUUAUCAAUGCGCAAACAAAGAUGUGAAGAAAUUGGGACCACAAAACGCACGUAAUCAGUCCAGAAUCGUCCGUCCAGUUUGUUACUUCAUGUACCAAUCGUCUGAUUCUGACGAAUUAUCCUUCUUAACUUCUGUUUUACGUAGCAUCAAUUAUACUACAAAAUACAAUUAAUUAUAAUUAUUAAGAAAGUAUAAAAAUGUUUUUACAUAAUUUUCA